UGGACGUUAACUUGUAGUCUUGUAGCGAAUCCGGUUCGGCUGGUGGGAAGAGUACUCGUCAUCCGCGAUUGAUCACUGCGAUUACCGUUCAGUUGCAGGGCCUUUUUUUAAAUUGUUGCCAUGCGCUCCUCAGGGGAAAUUAAGGCUAGACACUAUCUGGAGAUUGUGGUCCUACCUACCUAGGUGAGCUCCCACAGCGUACGUAGCACACUGAUGUGGAUGUAUGAUCUGCGCAAGAAGGAGAAGAGGAGUAAAAAACAAAACCCACAUCAUCCCCAGGACCCAUCCAGAGCCUCCGUUCUCAGGGGUGGACUGGUGGUGCGCGCCCGCGAAGAAUGAAUACAGAAGGGGAAGUGCGGCACUCAGACAGACAGACACCGACAGCCAGAGAGACCCAGGCAAAACUGCGGCCGUUGGGGCUACUAGGAUUCGGAGGCAGCGGGAGAGACAUACCGCGCGCGCAGAACGCCCCACGCACGCCCAACGCCACGGUGACACUGCUAUCGACAACGAACAAGGUCGAACAACACGAUGGGAAAAGCCCACUUCUACUUUCGAACGUUAUCUUAUCGAAAAAAACCGAUGCCGCGCCGCUUGUAAGUUGCAAGUCCAAGUAAGCUGUACAACUAGCCGACUUGUAAUAUGCACGCUUGCACAUGGGAAAUGGCCGGCCAAGACUUGCGGGUGGGCACAUCCAAUCUACUGUGUAUCUACCUGUUGUAGCGUACGCCGUACACUGUGUCGGACACUGGUGCAUCCGGCCAGGCAAGCAAGCAAGCAAGCAAGCAAGCAAGCCAGCAAGCAAAGCUCAGAGCUGUGAAGCUCCCCCCCGGUCAUGAUUGGAAAUCUCUCUCUCUCUCUUGACUCUCUCGACUCCCCUUCGUUUCAGUCUAGCUUGAUCGGCCGGGUGUCUGUGCCGCCAAUGGAAAGCACUCAUAGCUUGAGCUUUGUCCCGGUGCCACUUGUGUGCACACAGUAUGGCUUCGGCUCAGGGAGACGCUGCGGACCGAUGACGUCCUCGAUGCGUUUUUUAUUUCAAUGUCUU